ACAUUUUGCGAUUGUUUGCAGAUAGUCGCGCGUGGGCGGUGUCCUCGCACGCACCAGCAGACGAUCGGACGUCGUGUUGCCUGUUGCAUGAAAGCAACUGGCUUCCUCCGUUCCUGGCCUUUGGACUCGCGUUUCCUGCGUUUUGCGUCAGCGAACACGGCCGCGGGGCGUCGCAUGAGGGUUUGCGCUCGCGCUUGUGUAUGUUCAGAGCUAAGCCGCGCGUGCAAGUAGACGAGCCGCGCGCGACUGACAAUGUGCGAUCGGUUUGGUUUAGUGUUGGAACUCGUAUCUCAGGCUCUUGGCCAGGACGAUCGAAAUGAGUAUGAGAAAGCCUAUGUAAACUAUUUAAAAAGCCUGGAUGCCAUUGCUGCCAGCUUACUGAAGGAUUAUGAGUCUCAUGGCAUACCAGAGACUCCUGUGCCCGUGAACAACGCGAAAAAAGUCAUUUCUGUUGCAAGGCAGUGCCUUGACAGAGUGGAAAAGAUUAUAGGAACAUCACUGAACCAGUUCUAUGCUGAACAAGAAAGGUGCAAUGAAACCUACUCAUGUCCAUCACCCACUGUUGAGUUGGAGACGCCAUGCAUGCCCGAGUUACCAGGUGGGGUGGGUCUGCCAUCUGUGGCGUUUGUGGCUCCUCGAAUUCUGUCGCGGCAGUCUCAUCAGCAGCCACACUCGGAUACCUCUUCUGAUGCUGCAUUGCUGUCCAACCCCAUGUUUACUACGAGAACAUGUGGUACACUCGGAAAGACAAAGGCAGCAAGAAGAGUGCUGUCACCCAUGGAACAAAUGGAACAGGAAAACACUGCUGUGUGUCGGCGUUACCAUGCACUUAUCCAAAGGACUGUGGACCCCAUGGCUAAACAGAAUCUGCGCCUUGAACUUCAGCGUCGACUCAUGGAUAACCUGAUGGCUGGCAGGAAGAAACAGGCAGAGUACCUAAGAGACCUCCAAGAGCAAGAAAGGAAAAUUGCUGAAAUGGCAGCAAGGAAAUUACAGGGCUCUGGCGAGUGCAUCACACCUGAAGAGAAGCGACAACAGGAGCUUUUUGCCAGAAUUCUGCAGUAUGAAAACAACCGUGAAUGGCCACCAGCUCUUCAAGAAAUGCUAGAACCACAUCCAAAGAAUUCAAAAGUUGCUAGGCAUAUCGUGAUGCACAUCCUUGGGGACUCCAAACAUCCACUAAGCCAGUGGCUGGCUAAAGAGCGUGUUGCAUUGCAGAGAGAAAUUGUCAUGGCUUUGGACAGCAGGAGUCAUAUGUUGGCAGCCCCUAAGGAACUCUCGAGUGGUGGCAUUCAGCGAUCUGUAGCCUGUGCCCGUGUGGAAAGUGUUCUCCGGACUGCUCUGCUACUCCUGGGUUUGACACUUGAGCCACUGAAAGACCCUGCUGCUCAAGAAGUAUGCUACAGUGUGCUGGAGGACCACUUCACCUGGCCGCUAUGGCCUCACCUUUUGGCCACUGUCAGGU